AUGGGUUCCGACGUGCGGGACCUGAACGCGCUGCUGCCCGCGGUGUCAUCGCUGGGCGGCGGCGGCGGCGGCUGCGGGCUCCCUGUGAGCGGCGCUGCGCAGUGGGCGCCCGUGCUGGACUUCGCGCCUCCGGGCGCCUCGGCUUACGGGUCGUUGGGCGGUCCCGCACCUCCUCCCGCUCCGCCGCCGCCUCCACCGCCACCCCACUCCUUCAUCAAACAGGAGCCCAGCUGGGGUGGCGCGGAGCCGCACGAGGAGCAGUGCCUGAGCGCCUUCACCUUGCACUUCUCCGGCCAGUUCACCGGUACAGCUGGGGCCUGUCGCUAUGGACCCUUCGGUCCUCCCCCGCCCAGCCAGGCGUCCUCGGGCCAGGCCAGGAUGUUCCCUAAUGCGCCCUACCUGCCCAGCUGCCUGGAGAGCCAGCCUACCAUCCGCAACCAAGGAUACAGCACGGUCACUUUCGACGGGGCGCCCAGCUAUGGCCACACGCCCUCGCAUCAUGCAGCGCAGUUCCCCAACCAUUCCUUCAAACACGAGGACCCUAUGGGCCAGCAGGGCUCGCUGGGCGAGCAGCAGUACUCCGUGCCACCUCCGGUGUAUGGCUGCCACACCCCUACUGACAGUUGCACAGGCAGCCAGGCCCUGCUCCUGAGGACGCCCUACAGCAGCCACGGCACAGGGUACGAGAGUGAGAACCACACAGCCCCCAUCCUCUGUGGUGCCCAGUACAGGAUACAUACCCACGGGGUCUUCCGAGGCAUUCAGGAUGUGCGGCGUGUAUCUGGAGUGGCCCCAACUCUUGUCCGGUCAGCAUCUGAAACCAGUGAGAAACGUCCUUUCAUGUGUGCAUACCCAGGCUGCAAUAAGAGAUAUUUUAAGCUGUCCCACUUACAGAUGCACAGCCGGAAGCACACUGGUGAGAAACCAUACCAGUGUGACUUCAAGGACUGCGAGAGAAGGUUUUCUCGCUCAGACCAGCUCAAAAGGCACCAAAGGAGACACACAGGUGUGAAACCAUUCCAGUGUAAAACUUGUCAGCGAAAGUUUUCCCGGUCCGACCAUCUGAAGACCCACACCAGGACUCAUACAGGUAAAACAAGUGAAAAGCCCUUCAGCUGUCGGUGGCACAGUUGUCAGAAAAAGUUUGCGCGCUCAGACGAAUUAGUCCGCCAUCACAACAUGCACCAGAGAAACAUGACCAAACUCCAGCUGGCGCUUUGAGGGGUCCGACAUGGAGACAAUCCAGCAUCCCAGGCAGGAAAGUGUGCAAACUGCUUCCAAAUCCGAUUUUGAAAUUCCCCCCACUCACCUAUCAAAGGACACGACGGUGGAUCUACAUCCUAAUUCCAAGACAGCACACCUGAUUGACUGCAUCCUAUCAGGUUUGCCGGAAGGAGUCAGUGCUCCGCCCACUCUUGAUUAACUCACAGGCCUGGAAAAAAGUGGCUCAUGGUGUCUAGAAAGUCCAUUGCCAUUGUCUGAACUUUUUCCCGUUAGAAGAACCAUUGUUGAUAAUGCCCCUCCAUUUUCCUCUUCUUUGUGAUCAUUUCGCCAGGAUUAGAGAGACUGUUACAUUUCCUUCCAUGGGAUAUUUAUCGGCCAGGGCAUGUGUAUGUGCCUGCUAAUGUAAACUCUGUCAUGGUUCCCAUUUACUAACAGCCCUAGAAAGAAAUAAAUCAGAGAGCAAGGCACUAGGGGCAAGAACCGUGCGGGAUUUCAGAGGUCCGGCUGCAAACCUGGAAACCUGGAAGACCGGAUGUAAUUCUCCAGGUGACUGUUAAAGCUCAUAGGUUUCGAGUAACUGCAUAGUAGAUUGGCAUUAACUAGAACCCCUGUAUAGUUAGG